CAGACAGGCAGAGCUGAGAAGCAGCUUUCAAAGUGACCAAGUGUGGUCCAUGUGUGUUGCCUCCUGCAAUUCACGUUAUUCUCUGAAGUUACGAUCUUACCCAAGACAAAAUAUUCAUGAGUAAAUGGUUAUCUCAGAAUUUACAUUUAAAGGUGAAGAUUGAUUGAGGUGGAUUUUAUUUUAAUUGCAGUAUGUAGCUUUGAAAAUCUACACACAAGCUGUACCAUGAGCAGCUCCAGCGUGAGUUGUGGGAGUCCAAGCACCGGGAGCAUAGCUGAAGCUACUGCAGAUUUAUUUAAGGAUAUUUGGACCAAACUGAAAGAGUGCCAUGACAACGAAGUGCAAGUGCUGCAAGUAAAAGUAACCAAACUAAAGAAGGAGAGAUGCUUAGAUGCUCAAAGACUUGAAGAGUACUAUAAUAAAAACCAGCAGUUAAGAGAGCACCAGAAAGCAUUACAUGACAACAUUAAAGUUUUGGAAGACAGGUUGCGGGCAGGUUUGUGUGACAGGUGUGCAGUUACUGAAGAACAUAUGAAGAAGAAACAGCUGGAAUUUGAGAAUAUUCGACAACAGAAUCUAAAACUUAUUACAGAACUUAUGAAUCAAAAGAGCAAUCUUCAGGAAGAAAACAAAAAACUCAGUGAUCAGCUUGAAUCACUUGAACGUCAGAUGAAAGAGCAGCUGCAUGAAGUGGUAGAAGCAGCAGAUCAUGAUGAUGGAAUAAUUCCAGGUUCUCCGAAUUUGUCCCUUUCCACCUCCGUGCUCAGCAGAAUGCGAAGGAGAAAGGAGAAGGGCCAUAUUCGCUAUGCUGAGCAUGCAAGUAUAGACCCUUCACGGCCGCAGGCUAAUGGGAAAUGUAAAAUGCUGUUCGCAUCCGUCCCUGGCAUGACCCACUGCAAGCAGGAUGAAGAAGUUCUAGCUGCAGAUACCUGUGAUCUUGGAACAUUGUCAAUAGAACCCACACAACAACCAAAAGAACGAUCACCCACAGAAAAGAAUAGCAUUAAUCUGGCUGCUGUUGUAGCAGAAACAUUAGGCCUUGGAAUUAAGGAGGAAUCUGACUCGCAAAGUCUUCUGAAUUCAUAUAGGGAUCUUCCCAAGACCACAGACAAUCCACUGAAAAAGGAUGCGAACCAGGCAAAUUCAGAACAUUUAAAUGACAGUGGCUCUGGAGAUUCUUGUGCAUCUGAAGCAGAUGAAAAAACUCAAAGCUGGGUUCCUUCUCCUGUAUUUGGAGUUUCUGCCAAAGGUUCCUCUGAUUUUGAAGCAAAGGUGAAUCAAUUCUUUGAGCAAUCCAAACUGGGAGGACCAAAAAUGGCAAAAAAACACAUUGAAACUAAGACUGAUGCUGCCUACCUACCCCCAUCCAACCGAGUGGCAAAAAGGAAAAAAAUGGAAGAUGGGAAUGAUUCUGCCACUGAUUGUGAAAAACCUUCAUUUAAUAAAGAAAAUCUUCCAUCAACAUUAGAGAAAGGUGUUUCUCUGGACGAUAAUCUUGACAAGCCUUUGGACUUAUCUGAUCAUGUUUCUAGUGGCCGAUUGGAAGAUAGAAGUUAUGGGAAAGAUGCAGUGGGUAAUAAAUCAAUAAAAGUUUCUCUGCCAGAAUCCCUAAAAUCAAGUUUAAAGACUAUCAAUUUCAGAAGAGCCUGCAAUGGAUUAACCAAGGAUUCUCAAGGUGGUGCUUACCUACAAGAAACCUUUGAGGGAUCACAUUCUGAAAAAUUUCAAGAUAUUAAAGAGAAGAUUGUGAAAAAUGGAGGGGAUAGGGAUUCAUCUGAUAAUCAAGAACCUGGUAACUUUGCUCAGAAUGAACAAGGCUUUAGUGACUUGAAGGAUUUUGAAGUCAAAAUUCCAAAAAGGAAAAAUUCAAAACCUGCAUCCAAGGAGUCUACCUCGGUGCUUCAACCAAAUCCCUGUGCAACUGUUACAAUGUGUAUAAACGAUGACAAAAAUGGGAGAAAAUCUGAGAACAUUCAGUGGAGCAUAGAUCCGGAAGCAGACCUCUCUGAUUGUAAGAUGGGCACUUUAGAACUGGACUCGAAGCCCAUCAGACAACUGGGGACAGAUACACCAGAUAUGGAUUGCACAUUUGUGAGUGAAAGCAUGUUAUUGAAAGCAAAAAAACCAAGAACAGAUCUGUCUACUCUUGCAGGAAGACACACCUUGAACGACAGCCUCUCCGAAAUGUUUGACCGUACUGCGUAUGGUGAAUAUGAAUCAUAUCCCCAAGAAAAAAGUCCCCAGAAAGAACAUGAUGAUGUUUUUCAAGAAGAACCAGAGAAAGUAAAAAUGAAUCUUUUGAAAAAUACAGUUUUAAACUUUCCUCACAUUGAGGUGGUUCGUAACAAGGAAGAAAGAAGAAAGUUGCAUGGGCACACGUGCAAGGAAUGUGAAGAAUAUUAUGCAGAUCUUCCAGAAGAAGAGAGACUGAAAAUGUUGGCAAAUUGCUCCAGGCAUCGAUUCCGAUACAUACCUCCAAACACACCAGAGAACUUCUGGGAGGUGGGGUUUCCUUCCACCCAGACCUGUAUUGACAGAGGUUAUAUAAAAGAAGAGAGCACACCUUGCCAGCGACCAAGACGAAGACGACCUUAUAAUCCAACAUUUUUACUGAAGGACAAAGAACAGAAUUUAACUUAGUCAUACCAGUAAAAGGCAACAGUGAAAACGAAAACCUACACUGAAGAAUGUGUCUUAAGCUUCAAACCUUAUAGUCCAAAAGACAACUUUAUUAUAACAGUUGGUUAGAUCUAAAUUGUUUUUCAACAAUUAUUAUUUAAAUUAUGAUUUUCACCUGCAUAUUAGGUGGAACCUUUUACAUUUGCACACCAUGCAUAAGGUUUGGUGCUAUUUAUUGCACUGAAUGAUAGCACUGGAUAAUUAUGCCCUUGUAAACCACUAUAUAAUUGUAAAUAUAAGCUGAAUUUUUAGAUAUUUGAUAAUGAGUAAGAUUAGCGUGAUGAGAAUUUGAUAAUUGUAAUAGCUCAUCAACACUGACCAAAUGAAAAACCAACAUGGUUUUGAACACCAGUUCAUUCAUAGAAUAAACUUUUUUUUGCAAAAAGCAAGAUAUGCAACUUCUAUAAUAGCUCAUUCAGAGGACUGAUAAUGUGCAGCUUAUUCAUGGAGAAGACUGCAGGCCCUGAUCUAGUCCUUGGAUUGGCUUGAAUUGGCCAUUUAGAUGAUAUGGUUACAACAGGUACACAUCAUUUUGGCUUCGUAUCUACCUGCGACCCCCCCCCCCCCCGGCCAUCCCGUUCAUCUCAUGACGACAGAGGACAUGCAGCCACGUGCCUGUUCUUAAUAACAAUGCAGUUCACCUUGCUAGAAAAUACAAUUUUUUGGGUAUCCGAUAAAACGAAUACUGGCCCAGCCGUGAUGAAUGUCAUGCCAGCCUUCACUGUCUAGGCUGUUACAUGGAAUGUGGCCAUUUGGAUAAGAUAACAGAAAGUGGUUGGUAUCUUUGGAAUUUUGUCCCAGCCAGCUAGUGUUGUCACUAGUGGAGGGGAUGUAAAAAGAACUGUAGCAGAAUAGAAAAUUGGCCUACAUGAGAGAGAGAGCUUGGUGAUUGAUCAGACAGUAGAUAAGGAGGCAAAACUUAAGGAUGAUGUUGAUGUUCAUGCUCCUCUCUAAUACUGUUUUAGGGUCAUAAUACCUGGUUUAAGCAGAAACUUAAAUGUAAUGCUGAGGUGUAAUAGGUGAAACAUUAUUAAAGGUGGUAUUUUUCAAAGGAAGUGUUACAUCGAAGGCCUCUGAAUCUGUUCUAUAUUGUUCUGGUGUAUGCUGAGGUCCCAUGAUUCUACUCGGAACAGAAAAUUCCAAAAGCAGAUUCAUUGCCAUUCAGUAUUUUGCUGUAUGUUCAGAUAUUACUAUGCAAACUGGGUGCAACACUAACUGACCAACUGCAGUGUGAUGUUUGCUAAGCAUUUGAGGGGCGAUGAAGGGCUGAAUAAAACAGUUUCUAUUUUUUUCAUAUUCCACAAGUUGGGUUUCAG